UAACGUUAUUCCGCAAUUUUCAAGUCGGUCGAUAACACUUAAUUAUGCCAAUGUCAUUGCCAAAGCUAAAGCCAGACGUGCCGUGUCAUAAUAAUCCAUAUACCACGCAAGGCUGUAUAACGUACACGGCGGAUCCAUCCUACCUAUCUAUACUAGCGCUCUACGCUGCUACCGCCCAGGCCAAGACCUAGCACUGCAGUCGUUCCGCGUUCGCCAAUCGCCCCUCGGCCCUCGCCACAACGAAAUCACAGACGGUCGCGAGUCAACUGAGACCAUUCAGUCGCGGUCGUUAACCGGUAGGAAGCGGUUGUGGUGUGACGUACAUUCAAAUUCCGUGUGUGAUAAUAAUAAAAAUUUGUCACCUCGUUCGUUUACUCAAAUAAACCACGUAGUCGCUCCUGUGAAAUUUUAAGGAAACAAAUCGCACACCAAAUUCAUAAAAAAACUACCAAACAAACAGUGGCCGAUUCGAGAAAAAAAUAUUUUUCGCCGGUUCUAGACGCACAUUUCGCAUCCAGACUGAUACAUCUGCAUAUUAUAGCGAUUUCUGUUCACUCAAUUGACUAAGAUUCGUUUUUGGCGCUGUGCCUUGAAGCCAUGAAAUUACACCAAUUGUCGGAGGACAAAUGUUUCGGCGGAUACCAGAGAGUAUACGAACACGACAGUGUUGUAUUGAACUGCCGUAUGCGUUUUGCCAUAUACCUACCACCUGAUGUAGAAGGCCCUUCCCCAGUUUUGUAUCAUUUAAGCGGAAUGCAAUGUAAUGAAAAGACUUUUAUUCAAAAGACUGGCUAUCAACGAUGGGCCUCCCAAUACGGGAUAAUCGUAGUCACACCAGACGUGUGUCCCAGGGUGACGGUUGCUGACGAAAAUCACCCCAUCCACGCCAAAGGAUUAUCGUUCUAUGUUGAUGCCACUAAUGAACCGUGGAGUAAACACUAUAAGAUGUAUUCGUAUGUUAACGAAGAGUUACCGAAAAUUGUCGAAGACAAUUUUGACGUUAAAAAGAACAGACAGUCAAUAAUGGGACACAGUAUGGGUGGCCACGGUGCUUUAAUAAGUGCUUUAAAAAAUCCAGGCAAGUAUUGCUCAGUAUCGGCAUUUGCUCCGGUCUCUAACCCGUCACAAGUGAAAGCUAUUAAUGACUUACUAAAGUGUUACUUUGGAGAUGAUCAAGAAAUUUUGAAACAGUGGGACGCCACGUGUUUAGUUUCCAUCUACGAAGGGCCAGAAUUGAAUAUACUUAUUCACCAAGGAACUAAAGAUGAGCAUGAAGAGAACCUCAUGUUGGGCAAUUUUGCCGAAGCCUGUAAAAAAGCCGGAAUUACCGCUUCUAUUAACUUUGAAGAGGGGUACAGCCACGGAGCUUAUUUCAUUUCAUCAUUUGUUGAACAACACUUUCACCAUCAUUCUAAGUUUUUAUUAGACUCGUGAUUGAGCCUAUUUAGGUGACUGUAGGGGAAUAUCUAAUAGAGGCGAGCAGUUACACACGACUAAGUAGCAGUUGGAACUCCAACUGGGUUUGAAGAUUGGUCAAUUGUAAUGCAUAAUAUUAUUCUACAAUUAAAAUUUGAAAGUUUUUACUUUAAAA